AUGAGCAGUGCAUAUGCAACCGGGGACAAAAGUCGACGUCGCCGCCGCCGCGACCUUCAAUGUGAUAAAACAGAUCGUUCAGGUCCCGCUAUCAUCUUUGGUAUUGAACUGAAUUAUCCAAAAAAUUUAUCAUGCCAAACGGAGAUCUGUAAAGUAGAUCUAUUUAAAGGUAUCCAUAAACCGAUUCCUACAUCAACAACAAUUACUACUACAACAUCAGUUCCAUCAACCACAACAACAACUACUACUUCUACUACUACCACAGUAACAAUAACAGCAACAACCACAACAACUACAACUACAACCACAAAAAGCACAACUACAACAACAACAACAACAACCAGUACAACUACCACAACUACAGCAACAACUACAACCACAACUACAACAACCUCAACAACUACAACUACUACAACAACUACAACUACAACUACAACUACAACUACAACUACAACUACAACUACAACAACCACAACAACAACAACAACUACCAUAGGAAAUCCAUGUUUAUCUGGAAGUUUAUUGUGGAAUACAACGGGUACUACCGUACUUAGUGCAGCAACAGCACCAUCAGGAACAUUACCAAUAAGAGCAUCUGGUGUAUUUAUUGACUCAAAUGAUAAUUUAUAUGCUGUAGAUGAGGACAGUAAUUAUGUUGUAUGGAAACUAUUGAAAAAUGCUGUAAAUCCAACAGCUGUAGCUGGAAUCUUUGGAUCGUCAGGAACGAGUAGUACUCAAUUAAAUUAUCCUAAUGAUGUUUAUGUUGAUAAAUCUGGAAAUAUAUAUGUAAGUGAUACUAGCAAUCAACGAAUACAAAAAUUUAGUAGUGGAUCAAACAUUGGCGUCACGAUUGCUGGCGUAACUGGAUCGGCUAGCUCUCAAUUAAAUGAAUUUAAUACUCCACGAUAUUUUACUUUCGAUUCAACGGAAACAAAUAUGUAUAUUGCUGACCUUAAUUGUCAUCGAAUUAUGCGCUAUCCAACGAAUUCAACUGGGGGUACUAAUGGCGUUAUUGCAGCUGGUGGAACUGGAGAAUAUGAUCAAAACACAUCGCUGAACGGACCAUGGGGUAUUCAUUAUUUACCAUCGAUAAGUACUGACCUAUUUAUAACAAAUAAUGGUGGACAUUCAGUUAUACGUUGGACUCCCGGUGCUUCAACAGCCACUUUCGUUGCCGGUGUGCCAGGUACAUCAGGUUCUGAUGCAACUCACUUAAAUUCUCCGAUGGGAAUUAAAAUUGAUAGUUUUAUGAAUAUUUAUGUGGUUGAUAAUGGUAACAAUAGGAUUCAAUUGUUCUGUGCCAAUACUAACACUGGAAUUACCAUUGCAGGUGAUGGUACUGCGAAUAGUGGCGCAACACAAUUAAGUGAUCCACGAGGUAUUGCAUUUGAUUCAGCAAUGAAUAUGUAUAUUGGUGAUCAAGGAAACAAUCGCGUACAAAAAUUUAUGAAACUCUAA